AUUCUGCGAUUUGAUGAGCAUACAAAUCCGACCAGUCACAUACUAGCUUUACCUACUACGUCUUUAUAAUUAAUUACGUUAUUAGCUGGGUUUAGAGCAUAAAAUAGAGAGCAGAAGAAUCCUUGACACGUACCUAAAUCAAGAAAGAACUUCUGUCAUGUUUGAGAAACACUGAAAAUCGCUAAAAAGAUUAAAAUACACAAUGGAGCUUAUAUCCAACCUCUGUUUUGCUAUUCUGUUGUCAUGGCAACACGCCAUUGCCCAAGACUGCAGGGACUACAUCUAUUUCAUGCCUGGGACCCAAAUGCUGUACAACGUCAUCGAAACAAAACAGACGACAAAAGACGAGUGCCGAGAAAGCUGCAGUGAAAACCCGCAAUGCGUAUCAAUCAACUAUAAGCGGCAAGAAUUGCGAUGUGAGCUGAACAGCGCUUCCCACCUGACGCAUCCGGGAAUGCUCCGACCGGAAGUCAACACAUUCUACGCUUUGGUGAAACCGGCGACCAAGUGUAGUAACGAGUACUGUUCAACUGGGAAGAAAUGUGUCUUGCGAGAGAAAGGAGUGAAGUACACUUGCGAAGUUUGCAAGAACGCUCUCGGUAUGGAAUCCCGUGCCAUAAGAAACUCUGCCAUCACCGCGUCGAGCUACCGUUAUCAGGGCGUCAACACACACUCCGUGCCUCACUACGGCCGUCUCAACAACGUUGGCCAGCUUGGUGUUUCUAUGGGCGCGUGGAUAGCGGAAAAUCAGCAAGCUGGAGAAUACCUUGAAAUCGAUCUAGGGAGCGUUAUGGUCGUAGUUGGGGGUAGCGACCCAGGGGCGUCCUGGCGGGUCGGACUAUGUAACCAGUUAUAAGAUCAGCCACAAAACCGACCUCACUACCUGGCUGAUGCUCAAGGAGGGCGGACAGGAGAAGGUGUUUUCAGGCAACUCCGAUCACUACACGCCGGUCUUUAAUUGGUUCCCAUCGCCUAUUCUUGCCCGCAGAAUCCGCAUUAUUGUCCAAGAUUUCCAGGGAUUGCCAGCUUUAAGAGCAGAGCUGUACGGGUGUAUUUAGCUGCCUUUUGUUGCACGCCGAGUAAACUUUAUACCAUGUUUAUAUUUAUAUUUUACUUUUGAUUAAAUACACAUUUCACUUUACAAGAUGGCGGACCAUAGCAGGUCCCGGAUGUGCACAGGCGGCCAUGUUGUGCCUUUGUUCGAAAACUCUGUAAUUGUAAAAGUCCGUACCGAGCAAAAAAACUAAUAUUUUGACCACACGCGUGCUUCAUGGGCUUCUUUGUAGAAAAGUAUGACUUUCAAGUAAAGUGUAGUUUGAGUAAACAGUGCUGUACAUUACCA